UGCAUGCAUUGUAUCACUACAAUACUACAGUGUUCGACACAUCAUGAAGUUAAAACUCCCCAAUCCAGGCCUGAAGGACAGGAUAUUGUCCCAUCAGCAACUGGACAAGCUGGAGGAGGAAGAGGCUGGAGACAGACCGAAAUGGGAGAACAAGACCCAGUACAUGCUAACCUGUGUUGGGUUUUGUGUGGGACUUGGAAAUGUUUGGCGUUUCCCCUACCUGUGUCAGAGUCAUGGAGGAGGUGCUUUUAUGAUACCAUUUCUGAUCCUGCUGGUUCUUGAAGGAAUCCCGCUUCUACAUCUUGAGUUUGCCAUCGGGCAACGCUUAAGAAGAGGCAGUUUGGGAGUGUGGGCUACAAUCCAUCCUUAUUUGACUGGCAUUGGUAUUGCAUCCAUGUGUGUCUCUCUGACGAUCAGUCUCUAUUACAACACCAUCAUUGCCUGGAUUCUCUGGUACCUCUUCAACUCAUUUCAAGAACCUCUGCCUUGGAGUCAAUGUCCUAUGAAUGCCAAUUUAACAGGCCUUGUCUCAGAGUGUGAGAGGAGCUCCCCUGUGGAUUAUUUCUGGUACAGGAAGACCCUGAACACAACUCCAACGAUUGAAGAAGACGGCGGUCUGCAGUGGUGGAUACUGUUAUGUCACAUUUGUGCGUGGUCUAUGCUCUACAUCUGCAUCAUUCGUGGUAUUGAGACCACAGGGAAGGCUGUGUAUGUGACUUCGACCCUUCCCUACGUGGUGCUGACAAUAUUUCUGAUCAGAGGGUUGACCCUGAAGGGCUCUUUGAAUGGAGUUAAGUUUCUCUUCACGCCAGAUUUAACAGAGCUGGCGAAGCCAUCAACAUGGCUCGAUGCGGGUGCUCAAGUUUUCUAUUCCUUCUCUCUGGCUUUUGGUGGUCUUAUUUCCUUCUCUAGCUACAACUCUGUGCAUAACAACUGUGAACAGGAUGCCGUGAUCAUCUCUUUCAUCAAUGGUAUCACCUCCGUUUACGCUGCAAUGGUCAUUUACACCAUUAUUGGUUUCAGAGCAACAGAGAGAUUUGACAACUGUCUUUCUGGAAACAUUCUAGCAUUACUAAAUGCGUUUGAGCUUCCUGAGGGCGACAUCACUGACAGCAACUACAAUCAGGUCGUUCAACGUCUUAAUGAAACAUAUCCUCAGGUUAUUCAAGAGCUGGAUCUGAAGACCUGCAACCUAAAUACUUUUCUCAGUGAGGGAGUUGAAGGAACUGGUUUAGCCUUCAUUGUGUUCACUGAGGCUAUCACCAAGAUGCCCUUCUCACCGGUGUGGGCCGUCCUUUUCUUCAUAAUGCUCUUCUGUCUCGGCCUGUCUUCUAUGUUUGGUAACAUUGAGGGAGUUCUAGUGCCACUGCAAGACCUCAAAGUUUUCCCUAAGACGUGGCCAAAAGAGGCCGUCACUGGUGUAACAUGCAUGUUCUGCUGUCUGGUGGGUCUGAUAUUUCUCCAAGGCUCAGGGAACUAUUGGCUUUCACUCUUUGACACCUAUGGAGGAUCCAUCCCUCUGUUGGUUGUUGCAUUCUGCGAGAUGUUCUCAGUGGUGUACAUAUAUGGGAUAGACAGGUUCAAUGAUGAUAUUAAGUUCAUGAUUGGACACAAACCCAACUUCUUCUGGCAGGCGACAUGGAGAGUCAUCAGCCCGCUCAUUAUGCUUUUCAUCUUGGUCUUUUACUUCAUCACUAAAGUAUCUGAAAAGAUCCUUUACAAAGCUUUGGAUCCUGAAUCGGAUAAAUUCCCUACACUGGAGGACAAGCUAUAUCCAGUCUGGAUCUAUGUGAUCAUCUUUAUAUUGGCAGGGAUACCCAGUAUUGCUGUGCCUUUAGUUUGUGUCUGGAAAUGUUUAAAGAAAAAGAAAAGGGAUAAGUCACAUCUCUAUAAUAUCUCUGACUAAAUUCACAACAAUGAGAGCAAAAAAUCCCCAGCCUAAUAUGUUAAAAUCCCCAAUUUAAUCUUUUUCUUUUUCAAGAACAUUUAAGUGAUUGCUAUCAUGGUUUAAUCCAUGCAAAUUUAAAACAGGAGGCAGAGCUUUUCUGAACAGAACUCCCUGUUUCCCCAGCCACCAGUGACCGCAUGUUAAGCUCUCACUUCUUAGCAGUGAAUCAGGUGACAAUAAGAAAAGCUGCAAAAUUCACAGUUAAAUAAGAAUUUGCUUUAAGGUCGGCCUGUUUCCUAUUAAUUCAAAGACUUCUUCUACCACAGUGACUUAUUAGCUUACUCCGCUAUAAUUUAUUUAUGAAGUAGUGAUGUGGCUUUCUGCAAGUCCUUACUUUCAAGUUGUAAACUAUGGCCUCAAACAAUAUUGUUGAGUGAAGUUGAAACCAAAUUUGAAUACUAUUUUACUCAUAAUGGAAAUGUUUUCUAUGGCUAUUAAUGGAUGGCAUUAUAGUGUACAGUCCAUGUGUUUAUGAUCUGGUUGCUUUUAUGAACAUGGAACGCACAUUUAGCCACAAUAUUUGAAGUGAAAAUCCUGCAGUGUGCUCUAUAUCAUUAUAUAUUCUUGAAGCUCUAUUGCAUAGAGACGCUCUAUAUCUGUUCUUAAAUUUCCGCUGAGCAGGUGGGCCCUGACACGAAGUUUCCUAUAACUUUGGGUGAGACAUUGCUAAAAGUAUAUAUAACAAAUUUGCAUUUUGUGUGAAAUUACUGCAAAGAAAUUGAUGGCAAAUGUAGUGAUUUGGAUCUUAAUAUAAGAUAGUAGAUUUCUAUACCAGGGCCCCAUCGUGGGUUGAUCCUUUAGUGGGGUUAAUUAUGAUUUGACAGCUAUUGUCUACUAUGUGAUUAAAUAAUUAGAUUUUGAGACUGGGAGGAGGUGCUGCCCCAGAAGGAAGCUGAGCCAUGUAAUGAAGGUACACAUAUCUGUCCAGCUGGGGUCACUAUUGUGACGUGUUUGAGAAGUGAAUUAAAUAUUGAUUAAAUCAGUACAUUUUUAAUCCUCUAGUUUGCCAUUUGUUACGUAAAUUACACUAUGUGUGCUUUAUGAAUCUACUCUGUGUUCCCAGUGAGGAAUAAUGGAUGUGACUGAUUGUAGUCUGUGUGAAUAUGACACAGAAUAGAAAUUCAGUACAAGGCAUUGUGAAUAGUGUUUUUUGUGAUUAAGUCUGAUAAGAAACUCCAUACACACUACAUGCUUUUUUGUCUGGUGUAAGUGAUGGUUGGUAAUUACCGUUGACUGAAAUAACUGAAGCUGUGUGCAAACAACAUUAAUGUAAACUGUAUUAUGUACAGUAAAUAAUUAAAAGGCUUGCGUGUGAUCACA